AUGAAACUUGUUAUCCCUUUUUCCUUAUUGUUAACUCUGCUCUUCAAAUUUUCAUUUAUUACAUGUUGCUAUGAUCAUGAAAGGGAAGCAUUGUUAAGCUUCAAAUCUCAUCUUACAGACCCUUCAAAUCGGUUGUAUUCAUGGCAUGGCCAAAACUGCUGCACUUGGAAUGGAAUUCAUUGUUUGGAAUCACUUCAAGUUGCUGCUAUUGAUCUCCGGAACCCUAAUCCAGACUCGGAAAAGUUCAUAAUUAAUAUGAACUCGGAGCUUGUUUCCAUGUCCAAUUCCAAAGCUACUGCCCUUAAUGGUUCCUUCUCUUCUUCUCUUUUUUCCCUUACCUAUCUUAGCUAUCUUGACCUCAGCUUCAACAACUUCAUGUACUCAAAUAUUCCCACUGGUUUAGCCAAUCUCACUAGACUAAAUUACCUGAAUCUCUCAAAUGCAAUGUUCAGUGGUUCCAUCACAAACCAAUUUUUAAACCUUACUUCCUCCCUUAGAUGGCUAGAUAUUUCAUGUUCUUAUCGGGUGCCAGACUACUUUCCUCUUUCUCCUUACUUGUCUUCAACAGUUCAAGUUCGAUCUGGUGCUUAUUAUAGUUACCUUAUAGGGGGGAAUCUCUCUUUGUCAAGUUUGAAUUUCUUACUGGGGUUGCAUAAUCUCAGAGAACUUAAAUUGAGUGGUGUUGAUCUUAAAAAGACAUCUCAGUCAACAAAAUGGGCUGAGCCUUUAAUGUAUCUCUCGAAUCUCCAGAAACUUGAGCUGUCCAACUGCAGGAUUUUCGGUAAACUACCUGCAAAGCAACUUCUCAACCUGACCAGUCUUUCUGGAUUGGUAAUGGAUUUCAAUUCUCUGUCAUCUCCAAUUCCACGCGAGUUUGUUAAUCUUAGUUCCCUUUCAGAACUUGACUUCACAAACUCAAACAUACAAGGUCCGAUCCCUUACCUUCCUCAACUAAAAAAACUUUAUGUGCGCAACAAUUCUGAAGUUACCAUCGAUUUGCAUUCCAUGUUUGCAGCUCCUUGGCCUAAACUAGAAAUUCUUGAUAUCUCAAGUACUCUAGUUAAUGGAUCAUUACCUUCCUCUUUGGCCAACACCACUUCAUUACGCCAUUUCCAAGCAUGGAAUUGUUUACUUCAGGGGCCCAUACCUGCUUCCUUCAUGAACCUUUCAAAAUUAGAAACAUUAUCGCUUGCUUUUAAUAACAUAACAGGUCACAUCUCGCCUUUGAUAUCCAAUCUGAGAUGCCUUAAUACGUUGAAUACGAUGCAGAAUUCUUUGGAAGGAACCAUACCCACCUCAAUCUGUAACAUGAACUCUCUGGAGUAUCUCUCUUUGUCGGACAACUUUCUUAGUGGAAAUUUACCAGGUUGCAUCAGCCAGCUUUCCAGACUUGAGUUUUUUCUAAUCAGUCAGAAUAAAAUGAAUGGAACAAUCCGGUCGUUGUCAUCAUUGUUCAAGAACGCAAAUCCAAUUAUGAUUAUGAUGGGUGAUAGUGGGCUGACAGUGAAAGAAGAUCAACCUCUCCUUCCACCCAACUUCCGGCCUCAGUUUUUGGACCUAAGUGUAUGUCUUUCAGGAGGAACCAUCCCAGAUUUCAUUUCUAGUAUGACUCAGUUAGAAAUGUUAAGUUUAGCCUAUAACAACUUAUCAGGAAAAAUUCCACCCUGGCUAUUUAAUCUACCAAAUCUCGGAUACCUGGAUCUCUCUUUCAAUAACCUCCAAGGAGUUGUCCCACCUCAUAUUAAAUUACAGUCAUUCAUGGCACCGACGACAUUAAAUUUAGCAAACAACCAGCUCAAGGGAAAUAUCCCUUCCCUGAUUAAGAAUGUAGAAGUUAUAGACUUGUCUGGGAACAGUUUCACUGGCCACAUACCAUUACAACUCGGAGUUGCAAAAAUUAAAUAUUUAUCAUUAUCCGGGAACAAACUUUAUAGUCAGAUCCCUUCACCUUUCUGUCAUUCUGGUAAUGUAUUGAUGCUACUUGAUCUUUCAAACAAUAGUCUGAGUGGGACAGUUCCUAAAAGUUUAGGAAAUUGCACCUCUCUCAUUUUUCUGAACCUUGGAGGGAACAACCUCAUUGGAGAGAUUCCAAGUGAACUAGAGGGGGCAAAAAAUUUGAAUUACCUUGACCUUACUGACAACCUUUUUAAUGGUAGUUUUCCAGGUUUUAUUCAGAAAUUUCAGAGUUUGGAAGUUCUCAAGCUGGGGUUUAAUAGAUUUCAGGGAAGGAUCCCACAGUUCAUUGGAGCUCUCCAGAACCUCCAUAUUCUUGUGCUAGAAUCGAAUUUCUUCAAAGGAUCAAUUCCUUGGGAGAUAACCAAGCUGGAGAAGCUGCAAUAUGUUGACUUUUCGAGUAACAAACUUUCAGGUCCCAUCCCUGAAAACCUGAAUGGUUUGAAAAUGUUGAAAACCCGACCUCAGGAUGGCUCUAUUCUUGGUUUUGUCAUUUCAUCCAUGUUCGCUGCAGUAGAGCUAACUGUGACGAUGAAGGGAUUGUUACAACACUAUGUAAUCGUCCGCUCAUAUCACAGUGGCAUUGAUCUCUCGUACAACUGUCUGACAGGAAAUAUUCCAAUUGAAAUAGGAACUUUAGAGGGUCUCCCUAUGGUCAACCUCUCACAUAAUUGUCUCUAUGGUGAGAUCCCAAAGAGCAUUGGAAAUAUGUCUGUUUUGGAGUCACUGGACCUGAGCUUCAACAAUUUAAGUGGGGAGAUUCCGGCAGAAAUCACGUUGCUGGAUUAUCUUUCGAUGCUCAACUUGUCCUACAACAAUUUGAGUGGGAAAAUUCCAUCGGGGCAGCAUUUCGAAACUCUGAGCAUAGAUGGAUCGGCAUAUAUUGGCAAUGAGUUGCUAUGUGGAGAUCCCCUUGGAAUCAGUUGUACUGGUAAAAGCAAUUCCUCAACUUCAGAAAGUGUUGAAGUUGAAGAUGCCUGGUGGGAAAAGUUGUUUUAUGCAGUUGUAAUUUUUGGCUAUGGAGUUGGCUUCUGGGGUUUUUUUGGGAUUCUUUAUUUGAUGAAGGACAACUGGAGGAACAUUUACUGGAGGACCAUCGAUCGGAUUGCAUUUGGAAUCAUCCAACGCAUGCGAAAACAGGAUUAA